AUGGCGAACAAGGAAAAGCCGAUUAAGCAUCUUGUGCUCGACACUGGCGCAAUAAUUGCAAAUGCCGGUCUCCACGUGAGUUCUCAUUUUCAUUUUCAGUACGGUUAAUCCAUGCAGAUAUUGAUUGCAGAAUCUUGCCGACAACUAUUAUGCACCGCCUCAAAUCCUUGAGGAAUUGCGUUCAUCCAAAGCGCAAAAAGUUUGGAACACUCUUCCGUUCGAGGUUAUUCUCCGGGAGCCAACACAAGCUGCUCUGCGAGCGGUUAUCGAUGCCUCGAAGCAGACUGGAGACUUUCAAUCGCUUUCCAUGGUCGACAUCAAAAUGAUCGCAUUGACGUACGAUCUGCAUGCGCAGUAUGUCAGUGAGAAAGAGACAGUUGCGACGACGGAUGACGAAAACAGGAAGAUCAUUGAAGAGCUGAGCGGAAAGAUUGAACAAACAAAGAUCUGUGAGGAAGAGAGUGAGCAGAAAGAAGAGAAUGACGAUUCGGCAGUCGGAGAAGAUGCGUCGGCAUCAGAAGAAGAAGAGUCUGAAAGCGACAACGAAGACGGAUGGAUCACAAUGGAUAAUAUCGAGGAGACGCUGAAGAAGCUGGGUGGAUUCGAAAUCGAGGAGAACAUGCUCGUCGGCUGUCUCACCACUGACUUCGCCCUUCAGAACGUGCUACUCACCAUGAACCUGAGCCUCGUCUCGCUGUGCGGCUACAGAAUCCGCAAACUCAAAUCGUUCGUUCUCCGCUGCAGAACUUGCUUCACAACAACAAGUGUCAUGACGAAAGAGUUCUGUCCGGCUUGCGGUCACAAGACUCUGCACAAGGUGAGUAAUGGAACGAUUGAGCCUAUCUUGCUCUUUUCCGAGUGUAGUCUAUUGCGAAAUGUAUUUGACCGUCUGCCAACAAAAAAAACAUUUCCAAUACAAUUCCAUGUGAUCUCGUGAUUGAAAAACGGGGCCCAAUGUCUUCCCUCCGUUCUUCUUAUACGCAUAACCGCUGAUUAUCUUUUCAAAACAAACGUUAUUCUUCUUUUGGUACUUAGUUAUUUGUUCAAUUCAUUUUCAUUGACAACCAGCUGUUGGGCACAAGAAAAUUGAUAUUUCAUCAUCGCAUUUCAAUCAACGUCGAAUGUUUUCAGUGCGCCGUUUCCGUGGAUGAGAACGGAGAACAGCACUUGCACAUCAACUGGAACCGCCUCGCAAAUCGACGUGGACUCGUCUACACUCUGGCCACUCCGAAGGGCGGAAAGCACGCCGUCAACGAACGUCUCUUCGAAGAUCAGCCGAUGCCGCACAUGCGAAUGGCCAAGGUGCACACGGAUCCGUUGGCCGACGGACCAUUCUCGAUUCAUGACGUCACUUCCAAGUAGGUUCCUAGAAAAACUCCUGUCCUGACUCAUUUGUUGAUACAUAUUCGUCGUUUUCCUCUUCUUUCUGGGCAUUAUUAUGGCCGAGAGACGGCAGAAAGAAAGAAUCGACGCGCGCGGGGAAGUCUGGCCCCUCUCAACCACCAACGCUCUCUCGUGUUUCUGCCGUCUCGCACCUUCUGAAACAACUCGUGUCGGCUGAUAUGCUGGCCAGCGCACAUUUCCAUUGCCUUCUUUUUCAGAUCGGCCAUGCUCGGUGUUCGGACGAUCAAUAACCGGGCGAAACAGAGUCGCAACCGGAACGAGGCGAAACGUGGCGGCAGAAGGAAGUGA